AUGGAGCGAAGCAACCAACAAACAACCGACAACCCCUCUUCAACCCGCGCAACCGCCAUGCGCGCAGGCGUCCAGAACCCCUCCGGCUUCAACUACCAAGUCGCCGGCCCCACCGUCGGAGGAACCGCAACCCCCUACAACCCCGACAACAUCGAGGUCGCCAAGGAGCAUCUGGCCGAUUCCCUUGGCAGGGCUUCUCUCGACGAUAACACUACCACCACCACUACCACUACUACUGGUACUACUACCACUUAUGGCACGGACUCGACGUUGAAGGAUCAGGUUAUCUCGGGUGCCUCGAUUGCUGCCCAUACUGCUGCGGAUGUUACCAUGACUGUGGCCGCGGGUGCUGCUGCUGCUGGUGCUGCCACUGUCUCCGCGGUCAAGCACCUCUUUGCGGGUGACAAGACUGCUGUCGACCACAGCAACCCUGCAUCUACUACGGCUCACACCGGGAUGGGUGCUACCAACAAGUCCCAGCCCAUUGCUGACUUCCCCAACACCCAGGUGCACAACAUGCAUGAUGACUCGACCCCCGAAACACCAACCCGCAUCCACACCCACGCCGCCACAGGUCCCAUCCACUCUGUCCCCGUCGACUUUGAGCCCAUCCACUCCACCGGCUUGGACAGCACCGCCUCCAUGGCAGACUACCGUGCCAAAAAGGACGAUCUCCACGCCACCCCUGGCGUUCGUGAUUCCAAGGUCGAUGUCCACCCUACCACCGAAUCGAACCAGGGUUAUAACACCCACCACUCUACUACUGCUAUCGACGCGCGUCCUAGUGCCAGUGCUAUUGAUGCCCGUCCUACGACUGCUUCCACUACCACUACAGACUCGCGUCCUUUGACGGAAAAGGUCACGGCCCCCAUCGUCGGUGCUGCCGCGGCUAUGGGCACCGCUGCUGCCGGCACUGCUGCCUACCUUGGCAACAAGGCUUCCGAGGCCAAAGAAUCAGUCAAGGGGACUGCCAACAACUUGACAACUCCUUCUGCCUCCUCUGCUACUCCAUCGUCUGAAUCUUCGCAUGCGACUAUGGACUCGUCUAAGGGAUAUUACAACCCUUCCGUCCCGAGCUCGACUUCUGCUUCUGCCACUACUCCUAUUCAGCCCCAAUCGGCCCGCUCUACCGCUCCCAUCCAGACUCAGUCCCCCUACUAUAACACUACCACUUCUUCCGACUCGCGUCCUUUGACGGAAAAGGUCACGGCUCCCAUUGUCGGUGCUGCUGCGGCUAUGGGCACCGCUGCUGCCGGCACUGCUGCCUACCUUGGCAACAAGGCUUCCGAGGCCAAAGAAUCAGUCAAGGGGACUGCCAACAACUUGACAACUCCUUCUGCCUCCUCUGCUACUCCGUCGUCUGAAUCUUCGCAUGCGACUAUGGACUCGUCUAAGGGAUAUUACAACCCUUCCGUCUCGAGCUCAACUUCUUACACCUCUCCUGCUUCUGCCACUACUCCUAUUCAGCCCCAAUCGGCUCACCCUACCGCUCCCAUCCAGUCUCAGUCCCCCUACUAUAACACUACCACUUCUACUGACUCCCGUCCUUUGACGGAGAAAGUCAAAGCCCCCGUCGUCGGUGCCGCCGCGGCUAUGGGUGCCACUGCAGCCGGUACUGGAGCUUAUCACGGAAGCAAGGCCUCUGAGGCAAAGGAAUCCGUCAAAGGGACCUCUAAUAACAACAACACUUACUCCACCCCGACCCCUAUGAACACCUCCACGGCCAAGACCCCAGCCUACACGACCGCCAGCGACUCUACUCCCGCCGCCGCCUUUGCCGACCCCAUGAUCCAGACUAGAACCUCUGCCACCAACCCCGUCACCAAGGCUGAGGAGAUCAAGGCUUCCCCCGUCACCCCUGUCACCGAACCCGCCAUCACCCGUUCCCCAACCUUGGGCCCUUACCAGACCAAGGCCACUACCACCAACCCUUCCUCUUCCCUCGACUCUCCCAACGUCACCACCUCGUCGUCGCGUCCAAUGACCGAGAAGAUCUCCGCCCCUGUCCUUGGAGCCGCCCUUCUAGGCACGGCUGCACACCUCGGCAAUAAGGCCACGGCCACAAAUGCCAAUAACUCUACUAAGAUGUCCACCCCCUCGGCUAACAACUCCCGCACCACCGCUUCCUACAACCCUACAAACACUUCGUCCUACAACACUCCCAACACCGCCCCUACUUCUUAUUCAACCUCCUCCAACACCGCCCCUACUUCUUACACAACCCCCUCCAACACCGCUCCUACUUCUUACACAACCUCCUCCAACACCACCAUCCCCGCUUACGAAAAGUCGGCCACCGCAGCCGCCCCCAUCAUGGCCGCGGCCUCUGUCCCCUAUAUGUCCAAUACUAGCGGCAACACAACCGCCCCCUACUCAUCCGCAACACCCAACGAACGCAAAUCCGCUGACACAACCGCAGCUGCAAUCCCCGCAUCCUACCACGGUUCCAUCCCCCAAGCCGGCCCCGGCGAAGAAGUUGUCUGGGUCAAGACCGUCACCACCACCGACUACUACGACGAUGGCACACCCAAAGGACGCGCUGAUGUGGUGGAUCGCCAUCAGGAGGCAAUUGAUCCUCGCGCCUAUGCAACAGUCAAGGACGGAGAGAAGGUUUAUGACAACAAUGACCAGCAUAUGCACCAGCAGGAGCACAAGGACCAAGAUGGUGCUGGUCGUCAUUUGUAA